GUGCUCUGACGAGUUAUUACUUAUGCUUGCCAGGGGGGGUUUCGAUCCGCAUCCGCCUUCGGAGACGCGCCUGACAUGAUUCUGAUGAGGCAGCGGGCCAUCGUUCAGCAUGCUUCCCUGCGCCAGCCCAUUCCCUACGAUACCACAGGCCCGGCCGCCGCUCCAAUGCACGCCAUUGGCCCCUCCACCAUCUCCCUGCCGCUCCCACUCGACUCUUAGUCCUGAGCUAAUGCUGCUGGCGAGCCAAGGCUGCUGCUCAUGUCCAGGUAGUCUCGACACGGCGACGAGCACUGCCUACGAUGCAAAACAAGCAAAAACGUCGACCGCCCCCAACCCAAUCCUAUCUAUCUACCAUGUCUACCCGUUGUCGUCCCUAUUGAGUUGAUUGAUUGAUUACUUGGUUGAUUGAUUAAUCAAGUCUUCGUUCUUGUUGUGCCCGUCUUGCACAACGAGCAUGCUAAAUCUCCUCUCCUUCUCUUCCUCUUCCUUCUUGUUCUCCUUCUAUCAUGUCCACCUCUUCGGGCUCCACCCCAGUCAAGCGAGCAUGCGAUAGCUGUCACCGACGCAAAGUCAAGUGUAUCGGCGAAGGUACCAAUUCCUGCAAGAAUUGCGUCUCGGCCGGCUUGGCUUGUACCUAUAAUGCCAUCCCCCAGAAAAAAGGUCCCAAGGGAAGCCGCGCAAAGGUUCUAUCUGAGCUACGAGAGAGCCAAAGAAAUGCGCAGCUUACCACCGGUCUCACCCACGAGCUGGGUUUUGACCCUCGUUUGGUGGGCACUUUCGCCCGCACUCCAGGCCUCCUCCCUUUGGCUCUGAUUGAAAGCUGCUUGGAAUUUUUCUUCGUCAACGUCUACCCAUCCCAGCCCAUUAUCCACCGCCAACGCGCUCAAGAAACCGUCAUGAGCAUUGAACACUCGACCGAAGCAUAUUGCAUGGUAGUCGCUCUUUGCGCCUAUGUCAUGAUCCAGGCCAACAUGACAGUCCCUCCCGAAUUGCUCCCGCGCCCCGAGAUGGCACAGCUUUCGAAUAUUAGCAUAGGGCAUGUUCUGGUCGAAGAGGCUAUCCGAGUCCGCAGGGGACUGGAUUACCUGGAGAAUCCGUCACAUUUAUCCGUCUUGACAUCGUGGUUCUUCUAUGGCUGCCAAUUCGGCCUUGGUAGGGAUAACUCGGCAUGGUCCUACCUGAGGUGCGCCUCAACUCAAGCCCAUCUCCUUGGUUGGCACGACGAGGAGACGUACAAAAGUGAUCCACUCGACAAUUCUCGCAGGCGAGUUUUGUACUGGCUGCUUUACAUCGCGGAAAGAACUCACGCUUUACAUAAACACCGUCCGAUCUCUUUAUUUCCUACUAUACAUCCGCCCUCUCUGGACGAAAUACAAAACGAGCGACCCAUCGCAUCGGGUCUUGAUAUGAUGAUCAAUCUCUACAAGCCGGUCGAUGACACAUUUGUUAAUGUGUGGAAUAAGGUCCGCGCGCACCCGAAUCCAACAUGGACAGCCCAGGUGCAGAAUCAGCUAUCCGAGGCUCUACCCUCGUAUUUCGACUGCACGGAAAGCCAGGCCGUGGAUCUGCGAGUGACGCAGCAGUGGCUUCGUACCAUGCUGUGGCAGCUGUGCGUCAGCCAAGGUCUGGUCAGCAGCGUCGCAGCGGACAACUGCAUGACGUUCAAAUACCCAAUCGAAGUCUCUCGAGACUUGCUUUCGCUGACGCAGCAAUUUUCGCAACAUGCAAUGGAGGUUCAUGGCGUGGGUCUUGUUGAGAAGCUUUUCGACAUUGCCUGCUGCUUGACCGACGUAGUUGCAUGCAUCCCCUUUUCGCCCGAUGCCUUUGCACUCGGCCCUCGAGACUACGUUUCCCGCUUUCUUACCUUAUUUUCCGCACUCCAUGGCGGCCAAACCCGAUACCUUCAACUGCUCGUGGCAAAGGUGUCUGAGGUCCUGCCCAACCUGCCGCUUCCCCGAUCCCUCAAUAUUUCCCCGCUCGGUGCCGGACUCGGCCUUACGCCCAAUAGUCUUGGGGCAGUGCCUUCGAAUCUUGGUGAUGAUUUGUCGUCGAUUGGGACAGUCACAUCCCCCUCUUACCCUUCAACCGAGUUGAUUCGUCAAUUGGCUGCUCAGACCGGAGCCCAACUCCCGUUCAAUACUGCUGCGCAGCACUCCCUGCUCCAAGCCCCAGCAGCUCGUGUCGAAGAUCUUUCAUUGUACGAUUCACCUGCACCGCACAGCGCGCAUUCGUCUGGCUCUGCUCCCCCGAGCCAAUCCGGAACACCUGGCCCGUACGAUACCACGAGCCAGCCACGGUCUCAGUUGACUACCCAAGCACAUGGCCAUCCAGCGCACUCCAUUCCUUCGUCACACCCCCAGCAUGCGACGGUGCAAAGUCAUCAAUUAGGCAUUAACACUGCAGCUUAUGAUCCGCGGUUUACUGUUCAAAACUUUCCGGUAGAUCCCUCUAUGGUUUACAAGCAGGAUGAGGUGGAUACUACGGGACAUAUACACAGCCAAAGCAACUUGUAUGCUCAUGGAUCACACGGAGCGUCCCGCGGAGGAAUCGGACAUGGAAGGGGACACGGAGGAUUUGGAAGCUGA